AUGAGUGAAAUCGAGGGUUUGAUUCGCUACCGACUUUUGGGCUCUCAUCCCGCUGCAUCUGGUCGGUACCUGACCCUAGGCUUUCCAGGCGACACCAUUACCGCCUCACGCCUUUUACAUGCGGUGAUUACGGAGCAUCAGAUUAAUUUGAGCACCUUCAAGCUAUCCACCGUGAAGCUGCUGUCCUCUGCAUCCACUAAUCAUACUCGAAAAACGGAUGGCACCGUCGCGGAGGUGGAAACUGAGGAAGCGGUGCCUGUGCAUGAGACGGAUACGCUACACACUUACGAUGUGCUUGCUAUCACGGUGUCUAAGCGAUCUUUAAUGGAUCACACCACUCAAGAGACAACGCAGCGAUUAAGGGAGCAGAAGCAAUUAAUAAAGGAAAUGGAGAGCCAGAUGGGUAUAGAGGUAGCGUGUACAUCUUCCACUUCCAUUGAUGCCAUAGCGAAGCGAGACGAUGCUUAUGCUGGUUCUUCCAAGCCCAUUUUAUCUUCUAGUCCGGCUGAUCCGCUCAGCUUCGAGCGUUCAGCGGCGUUGGCAAUGAAGACGUUUCCUGUUAUGCGUGGAAAGCGUGGCUCCUUCAAUGCCAGCAACGAAGAUACUAACGCGCAUAGCCCACGGACGUGUGCACUCUGCGACUUAGACAUCUUCUGUGAGAUUCGAACCGCGUGUUGUGAUUCUCUUGUCUGCGGGACGUGUCUGGAAGCCGCGAGGGGUAUGACAAUGGCCGAUGGCGAAUGCCCUGUUUGUGGACGAAUCGGAGAAACCGCGGCGCAAGGGAGCGGCUCCUCUGACAUAAUCAAACACGAGCGAGAAGAUGUGGACUUGCGUGGAAAAACGAAAAUCCAAAAAUUGAAAUUAACCUCAAAUAGUUCAUGUGUAACAAAUAAAAGCAAGCCACUGGCUUCUUUUUGUGGCAUAGGGGGGGAACGAUCGAAAGAGGUAGGGGGAAUCGAGGGAUGCCAUUCAUCGAAUACACCGACCGAGGGAGGGCGUAGGUGGCUUCCCACAGUAGAGGAUUCCUGGGAACGUGUCCCUCGUGUCGGCCGUAGCCUUGAAGAUUCAAGGGGCUGUAAUACCAGCGGGCUCGCAGAAAUUCCGCAAAUUGAACAUCAACUGCAAAAUGACUUGGAUCAGAUUCUUUCAUAUCUCGACGUGCCGGACCCAUUAACAGAAGAUGCAAAGGCGAGGCGGAAGCGGAGCGAAGCACUAAUCAUUAUGGAUGAUCAAAUACUUCAGAUUUAG